UCCCGCCUGCGAACAGCGCGGGUCGCUCUCUGCUGCGGGGAUCUCAGGUCGGAACUCAGGCUCCAGGGUACGUGUAUAUAUGUUACACACAACAUAUAGAUCUCGUAGCUUUUAACGUGCUCGCCCUCGCAAGCGGCGAAAGGCUUUAAUGUGAGUUACUCUCUAUGUGGAAGCGAAGAAACCUUCUUUCAAGCGGAGCUGCAGUUUUGCUGAAUAAUCACGUGUGAGUUAGGGGCGGGCUCUUGGCAAGGAGUUUUUUUACGAGUAUUUACUACAAGGUCUACUCCAGAAGAUUAACCAUCCCAAUCCUUCUGUCAGUCUCCGAUGCCAUGCCUGGUUAAAAAAAAAAAUCUCCUCUUUUUCCGAUCGUCAGUCACCCUAAAGAAUGGCCGAGCCUUCUGGGAACGAGCUGGCGUCCGCGGCUGCCAAGGGGGACCUAGUGCAACUCACUAAUUUGUUGCAAAGGAAUGUAAACGUCAAUGCCCAAAAUGGAUUUGGGAGGACUGCGCUGCAGGUCAUGAAGCUGGGCAACCCCGAGAUCGCGCGCAGGCUGCUCAGCAGCGGCGCCGACCCUGACCUGAAGGACAGAACGGGCUUCGCCGUGAUACACGACGUGGCCCGCGCGGGCUUCCUGGACACUUUGCAGACUCUGCUGGAGUUUGAGGCCGACGUGAACAUCGAGGACGCCGAGGGCAACCUGCCGCUGCACCUGGCGGCGCCCUGA